AUGGAAGUAUCUAUGGACCCAAGUCCUGCACUUGAUUUUACUGAUAUGAUAACGCGUAAUGUAGAUGAUAUGAGUGAAGAGGAGUAUACUAAUUGCAUGAAUUUUAUGAGUAAAAUUCUACUUGAAAAUAAUGUAUCAUAUCUACGACAUUUUUGUUGCUUCUUCAAUUUCCACCUAAACCCCAACUCGGAAUCAUGGAUGGAUGCUAUCAAAUGGCGCAACAUCUGUGAGCUCGAUAUGAACUUGUGUGGAGGUGAUCCUGUGUUUUUGCCUAGAGAAUUUCUUUAUGGACAAACACUCAAGGUUUUAAAACUCGGCAACUUUUAUCUUGAGGACACACAAAAUCCUUUUUAUCUAUCCGAUCUUGUGGAUAGUGUGGGGUUUCCAGGAGAUCAAUUUCUCAAGAGGUUACUUGUAGGUUGCCCUGUACUUAAAGAGCUUGUUGUUCGAGAGGGUUGUGGUUUCGACGACACUAUUUACAUCGAGUCUUUGACCCUGAAGUCGUUAGAAAUAAUACAGGCUAUUCUACAUGUGGAGCAGGUGAUUUAUGCAUUAGUGUUAAAGCACCAAACCUUAAGGUGCAUUACAAUCUUUCAAAGAAUACAGACAUUUUGUGACUUUGAUGAUGUAACGUUGCUAAGUAAGGCAAAGUUUUGUCAAGAUGGUUGUUUUCCAGUUGUGACAACUCAACAAUCAGCAAAACUUAAGAAUAAGCUACCAAUCUUACAGAACUUGACCCAUUUAGAGCUUGAGCUCGAAAAUUGGUACGAGUUACUAAAAUGUGCUCCUAAGUUGAAGUCAUUAUGUUUUAGGGAGCUUAUAUUUGGAAAGCUGCAACAACCUUGA